CCGUCAAGUACAGCUACAUGGCGUACUUCCAAGUCAUCUCCACGUGGCGCGACCCUCGAGUGAACGACACGCUGGCGAUAAACAACGCGAUGAACGCGUUCGGGCCGGCCAUCACGGGGCUGGCGACGGCCAAAUGCAAGCCGGACGUGACGUUUUCGGGGUUCAACAUCAGCCAGAAGGACGAGUGCCUCAAGACGCCCAAGCAGAACAACCUGCCGCAGAUGGACGGCUGCAGCAAGCCGUGCUCGCCGUCCGGCACCACUUGCUGCGACGCCCUCUGGAUCCCCUCGCUCACCAUCGACAACGUCCUCUUCUACCCCCAGGACCGCUUCCAAACCGAGAGCAUAUACUUCUUCGGGCAGUACAGCAACGAGGCCAGCGCGAUCGACAGAGAAGUCGUCGUUGGAGGCGAGUUCUCGUCACCCCUCAGCUUUAAGAAGUUUCCUCUUGACUCUCAGACGCUGCGGCUGAGCAUUCAGGUGGAGAGCGGCGAGUUCUACCUGGUGGGGAGCAACUCAGGGCGGCAGUCGGAGCAGGGCGGUGGGAACCUUGGGGGAGGGGGAGGCACGUACGUGAAUGAUGAGGUCACGGGCUGGAAGAUUAAUGAUGUGGCUCUCAACUGCACUCCCGCCCAAACCACCGUCUCCACCUCCGCCACCUACCAUCCUGAUGACCCCUGGUACACGUUCAAUCAGAACUCACCGUCUGACAGCGGCAGCAGCAGCAGCAGCGUCAACGAGUCCACCUCGUGUGUGUUCACCAUCAAAAUCUCCCGCACCAGUGGCGUCUUCAUCAUCUCGAUUGUGGUGCCAGUGAUGCUGAGCGUGUAUCUCUGCUUCUCCGUGUUCUUUGCUAAACCUGACGACCUGGAGACUCGAUCCGCCACCUUUGUCACGCUCUUCCUCGCCCUCGCCGCGGUGCAGUUCGUCAUCGACAGCCAGCUACCGCGCUCAUCAGUGAUGACGCAGUUUGGCUAUCUGGUCAUCAUCUCAUACGUCUUCAUCGGUCUCACCGCCGUGGAAACACUCAUCGUCUACCUCAUCGCCGAACGGCUGGAGAAGGACGUGGCGGAGACAGUGGGGGACAUGGCGGCAGCGGCCAAGCGCUCCACGCAGAAAUCCCGGGAGGAGGGCCAGGAGCUGUGUCCGGCAGUGACAGAGGAGGACGACGAGGAGAUGGGAGAGGGUAAGGGUGCAGCUGGCAGUGGAGGAGUGGGAGUUCAUGCCGCCUGCCUGAACCCUGGAAAGCCAACUCUGCAGAAUACCGGGCCAUCAUUUGUCGUGCCGUCUGUCGAGCAUAUUUUGUCAAUCACACUCUCAGCAUGA